AUGGACCUGCUGGUGACCCGUGGUGACCCAGAGCCUCCCAGCUCCCCCCUGUCCUUGGCCGUGGAGGAGGUGAGAGAGAAUUCCUUCACGCUGACCUGGAAAGCCCCGGAGCACACGGGCAAGGCGGGCCUGGAUGGAUACCUGGUGGAGAUCUGCAAGGAUGGAAGUUCUGAGUGGAAAGCUGUGAACCAGGAGCCUUUCCUUUCCACCCGCUACACGAUCCCAAACCUCAGCUCCGGGGACAAGGUCCACGUGCGGGUGACGGCGGCAGUGAAUGAUCCAUUGGGUUGGUGUCCCAAGGAUGGGGGUAAUUCUGGGACACAGGCAGUGGUCCUGCAGGGAACCAGAACUGCCCAGGAGACGGGAGGGAAGAGGUGGAUGCGUUUCUUGGGGGGUUCCUUGGUGGCCAAGGAGGGGAUAUGUGGGGUGGGACGUGUGGGGUGGGAUGUGAUUCCCUUGUGCUUCCCUUGGUGUCCUGAGCUGCCUUUCUGGUCCCCAGAGCUCCCAAAGAUCCGGAUGCCUCGGCACCUGCGGGAGACUUACGUCAGGCACGUGGGGGACGCCGUAAACAUCAUGAUCCCUUUCCAGGUAGGCUUCAACGUGGCCCUGGAGUGGUCUCCCCCUGCGGACAACGGGAACGCCGAGAUCAAGGGCUACAGGGUGCAGAAGUCGGACAAGAAGAGCGGGAAGUGGUUCACGGUGCUGGAGCGCUGCACCCGCACCAGCUGCACCAUCUCCGACCUCAUCAUCGGCAACUCCUACUCCUUCCGCGUCUUCUCCGAGAACUCCUGCGGGCUCAGCAACAGCGCCGCCGUCACCGCCGGGCUCGCCCACAUCGAGAAGACAAAAACCACUUACCAGCCAGAGAAGAUCCCCCAGAGGGAAAUGAUGGAGCCUCCAAAGUUCACGCAGCCCCUGACAGACCGAACCACCACCCGGGGCUACAACACCCAUCUCUUCUGCUCUGUCAGGGGCUUCCCCCAGCCCAAAAUCAUCUGGCUGAAGAACCAGAUGGAGAUCCGGGAGGACCCCAAGUACAUCGCGCUGAUCGAUCAGGGCGUGUGCUCCCUGGAGAUCCGAAAGCCCGGCCCCUUCGACGGGGGCGUCUACACCUGCAAGGCCAUCAACGCCCUCGGGGAGGCCUCCGUGGACUGCAGGCUGGAUGUGAAAGUGCCCAAGUGAGGACGGACCCGAGGGCAGGAAAAGAGCAAGGUGGAUGCUGCAGCUGCUGGGUGGGAUCAGGGCCCAUGGGGAUGCCCCUGGUCCCUGCUGCCUGCAGGGCUGCCCCUCCCUGAGAGCUCUGGGGGUCUGCACCUCAUCCUGCCCUGGCACAUCCCUCCCCGAGCCCGUCCUGAGCUGUGACAAUAAAACCAGCCCCUCUGGGAGCCUUUGGUCCCAAUAAAAACCCCAAACCCCUCUG